AUGGGAGACCACAUGAAUUCGACUUCGGAACUGAUCACUUUGUUCACAACUAUGAACGACUCAGUUCAUGACUUAAUUACAUCUGAAGAAAACUAUGAGAUUAAGGACCAAGAUAUUGUUACUGCUGUUAACUUAACCUAUUAUACGCUGGUGUUGGUCUUAGGACUACCGGGGAACGCUGUCAUCAUCAAAGCCUACGCGUUGAAGAAACGGAAGACGAGCACGGAUAUCCUCAUUAUGGCUCAAGCGACAGUCGACUUCGUCGCUUGUGUAUUCUGUCCUGUAUUCAUCAUCCGCAGUGCAUUCCCAGGGCUGAUGACCAACAGUUUGUGUCAUGCGUCAUCUCUCGCCAAUAAUGCAACGGCUUUCGCGUCACUUUAUCUGACCACUGCAAUCAGCAUCGAUCGCUACAUGGCUGUGUGUCGUCCAUUACGACGACGAAUGACGGUACGUAUGUCCAUUUUCAUUGCGAUACUGUGUACGGUCGUAUCCAUUGUGACUAACAUUCCAGUUGCUGUGUUUACUGAAGCUCGUCACUUCGGACAUCUUGGAAGAAGCCUAUGCUUCGUGAAUGGUUCUUACGUAUGGGGUACAACAAUGUCGUCUUUGGUGUUAUUCGCUAUAUCGCUGAUGACGAAUACUGUCCUUUACGCUUUGAUCUACGUUUCCCUUCGUAAGAGAGCAAAGAUUCACGCCGACAUGACGGGGAAGCAUCCCGUUGUCGCUACUGUUAGUACAAGAAACGCUCGUGCCUAUAGCGGCGGUUUGCAAGAAUCCAGCCCUAUGGAAAACCACAUGAUCGCAGCGGCAGCAAAAACGGAAGAGGGAACUUCUGCCUUCGAUGUUACGAGUAUCGAGAACAAAUUUAAAACAAAUGAGGUUUCAUUGCAUUCAGAGACAGCAGGAUGUUCAAGUAACAUCUUGCUAUCGUCACCUAGACGUAGGUCUAAGCCCUCCGUCUCUCAUGUCACAUUUGCAGAGACCAACAUAUCAAGGGAAAAUAAGGACCCCCUACCGUCACACACAAGUCAGAGGAAGCCUCUUUAUUCCCCGGCGUCAUCACCGAAGAUGAAACCUUUCAAACGCCAGGGUACGAAGCGAGUCCAGAAAUUAAAAGACAAACUUGAAAGCGACUACGGAAGGAAGACGACCCGUAUGCUCCUUAUCAUAACGAUAUUUUUUUUUGUUACGUGGAUUCCUAAGGUUGUAGUCCCCAUCAUUCCACUUUCGGCACUUCUAAGAGCUCGUCAAAUUUCGGGACAUAUGGCGAUUAUCCAGAUCCUCCACUCUCUCAGACUUCUUAACCACAUCGUCAACUUCUUCGUCUACUAUUUUGUCAACAACAGUUUCAGAAGAAACGUCAAAGAGUCGUAUAAACAGUGCAGAUGAAGCCACAAGUUGAUCAUGUAAAAUGCAUGUGAGAGAUUUAAAAGAUGUUUAGACAGUACUGAUAGAUAAACACUGGUUGAAUAAUUAGGUUUACAUAACGUUUUGCGUUUCAAAU